UGCUUCGCUGGUUUCCAAUUAAAGAGCAUUGUCGUUCUAUUCUGGAUGGUCCCAUUUCAAAGCUUUGCUCUCCUGAUGCAAAAUUUAGCGGGUUUUGAUUGCGUUGCAAGGGGAUUUGGGUUGGUUGUGAGCCUUCUGAUUACUUUGGCUGGUUGUGCUAAGGACUGCUGCGUCAGUCAAGUGUCUAGUUCUCUGAGGGUGAUCCUUGUCAUACCAAAUGAAAACGCUCGUCACCGAUCACAAAAAACUGCGGUAGGCACCUCUGGCUGCUCUGCAAACUUUCAAGUUUCUAUCCAAAGCCUUGCAAAUAAUAGAAGAAUUGGUUUUUUUAUCAAACAGUAAGAAAAUUCCUUGUAAAACGUGUACAGGUUUCACUAUUAAUGAAGGAAAUUAAAAACAUACUUUGUGGUUAAGUAAGUGUCAAUUUUGUACCCAGACACACAAAAAUCUACAAAGCCACCGUAAAACUGCAUUUGCUCAAGGCAGCGACCGAAAGGCAACGCAAUCGUGUCGAGUCUAUGGCAGCUUCCGCUGAGCGAGUUUUCGGAAAUAGCCCGGCCUGGUGGUGGAAAUCUAGAUAAAUUUAGCUUGCAGUUUUCAGCUUGAUCGAGGCAAGCGAAAUUCUGGAAGAACGUGAUUUUUCAGAGAAGGUUGCCGUCAAAACGAUGACACGGCCAUUGCGAAGGAGCAACGGUGAGGGUGAAAAAGCACAAAAAUUCCUGCUUCUGUAAAACGACGUCACGUACGUAAAAUUAGAUUUCAGCAGUUCAUGCAGAUCCGAUGGAAGGGGGUCACGUUCACAGUAAGUUCAACCCAAAGAAAGGAUGCAGAACGUGCAGAAUAUUGACCCUCCCUCCCAUCCCCGACAGCCUCACUUCUUAAGCUGCUAGGUUUCUCUACCAUUCGUCGUCACAACCUCCUCCGACCACUCUAAGUACCAGUGAUUUUUUCCAUGUUGACAUCUUAACUAGGAGCAUCAUCACUCGGCAAUUGGAGCCACUGAAUUUCUGUACCAUGGGUCAAUUCGAACGACAGUCUACGUGGUGAUGAGUUCGGCAUACCAGAAGGAAUCGUCUAACCUCGGAGAAUGCCAAAGAUAUAACUUUUGCACAUGAAGGAUUUAUAUUUCUGUCUAUCGCUGUUCUCUAGUUGAAGUGUUGACGUUGAAUGUGUAUCACACACGGCGAAUUGACCACCAGCAAUAUGUCAAAACCCGCCAUUCUAUGGUGUAUCUUUGCUGUGCUGUGGAGCGUUGCCUCUGCAUACCUUGUUCCACCUCCAGGAUACAGCGUGGGAUUCACGGGGAGAAUCACAGCAGGAUCCCAGAGAUAUAUCUGCAAUCGCGGCAGCUGGAUUAAGAUUGGCGCUUUUGCCAGCAUCCUCACUCCAGAUGGUCACCAGCUUGGUAGCUACACUUCCAAAUGUGAUUCACUCAAGAGAACCUCAACGUAUGCUUGGAAACUCCUCAACUCUCCGGGAACCACCACUGAAUCAGGACAUAGCAGCAGCGGUCUCCAAGGCAUAGCUGUGAUGACCGUGCAAGUGUCUACAUCGGCUGUCUCGGAGUACUUGGCCAUUGUGAAAAAACGAAUUGGUGGAGGAGACGCAUCGUUAGUCGUUUUUGUCUCUCUCACUGGGACGAAAGGUGGCUUACCUCCUCGCAAGGCUCUCUGUACAUCAAAUGGCGCUACCUCUGGCGUCCCAUUCCAAGGAACUUUCACUUUUUUUACCCAGGAUCAGGUCCCUCCUCGAGUCCCCGCCUCUUUGAAGCCCUUGGCUAACUUCGUCCAGGUCUUUUUCUUGGAAGGAAUGAUGCAGUACAGGUUCGAUAAUAAUGGUAGGUGGACUUCCCAAGGCCACUACUCUACGAUAUAUGACGUUGCCGGCGGUACGAGUUUAGGAAAAUUUGGAACGGUUCGUCAGUCCGACAGGUUUGGUAGUAACCUCAUGUUCAAGCUCAUCAACCCCAACGGAUUUUGGUUCUACGCGGAACAGUGCGCCAAGCCAGUGCGAGUGUCGUUGAUGGGCGCCCCAUGGCAAUUGCUGCAAAUCACCUCUUCCGGUGGCUACAAAAAUCCUAUGGGAACGUACAGAUUUGCACUGAUCGCCAGUGUCAUGGGAGGCCAGCCUCCCAAGCUCGCUGCAAGAGCCUAUGGCAUGACAUAUGGUGCUGCAUUCUCAGCGCAAUGCUAUCUGUACGUGUAAAGCUGACCAUGAAGACCUUCCUCAGCGACCCUUCACUUGUGGCGAUGUGAAACCCUUCCUUCUAGUCCUACUUGCACACCUUUACUCCAUUUAUUGCCAUAUACUCAUAAACGAUUUUGCAUGGGAACAUCGUUCAUAGUGCUUUCACACAUGUCGAGAAUGUCGAAGGGUGCCUUAGAUUAUAUCUCAGUACGUGUGUACAAGUUAUGCAUAAGUAAUCAAAUUACGCUUUCUCCGAAA